AUGCGUGCCAAUUCGAGCGGGCAGAGCCAUAUCAUACGUAAGUGUGCACGCGCGUACGACCAGAUCGCACAGUUCACAGACGAGCAGCACGAGCACAUCAUAGAUCAGUCGAGGUUCCACGAGCACAUCCGCAUCAUACAAGAGCGCAUCCUGGUCCUUGAGCUGCGAGAGCACGAGCAGUCCCCAGAGUACCAGUAUGACGACGAGCGCACAGUUAAGCUGCACAAGCUUUUGAAGGCAUGGUCUCCCAAGCAUAGGCGCAUAUCGCUCGUAGGCAUCCUGGACAACCAAGGGCACGUCAUAAGCGCGGGCACGAUGUCGAGCUGCCGCGACCCGACCGCCGUGAUUCAGGCGCGGGUGCGGAAGGCCCGCGAGAUGGAGGCGCAGAUCGGCAGGGGCGCCGGCGCUGCGGAGGGCGGCGGCAAGGUGGCCCUCGACCUGGGCAAGGCGAUCGUCAAGUGGUCGCUCUAG